AGGGUCACAAGGUUUUCUUUUCUGAAGACCAAAUCUAAUCUCAUCUGUUCUCCCUUACACAGGAAUAAGUCAAAAAACUGACCAAACCAUUAAGAAGAUAAGGCUUUUGAGACUUCAUUCUGUAGAAAAGCACAAACCCUAGCAUUCAAGAAGAGAUUACCACAGAGAGAAAGAGAGAGAGAGAGAGAGAGAGAGAGAGAGAAAGAGAUGUCCUCCACGUCCCAAGCUAUGCUUAACCAGGGCUUGUUUGAGGAUCAAGAUCAUAUGUCAUCCCAGUUGGGUUUCUACACAUCUCCUCCAAGUUGGAAUUUUACUCCACUGGGGUGUUACCAAUCUUUAAGAUUCCUCAGCAGUAGCAACCCUUCUUCAACCGGAGCAGAUAUCACCUGUAAUAACCUCUCUGAUCAAAACAUCUCUACCACGGCUCCAAAGCACCGAGAUGUUUCUUCUCUUCUGGGUGAAUUCGAAACUGCAUCACUGCAAAGAUCGAGUCACAAUAUCUGGCCAUGGGGGGAAGUGAAUCAAUACGUGGGCAGUAAGAAUAAAUGUUUGGGAGAUGAUAACUUGGGAGUUGCAGCAAUGAAGAUGAAGAAAGUGAAGGCAAGGAGGAAGGUGAGAGAGCCAAGGUUUUGUUUCAAGACACUAAGCGACAUCGAUGUGCUUGAUGAUGGUUACAAAUGGAGAAAAUACGGCCAGAAAGUGGUGAAGAACACACUGCAUCCAAGGAGCUACUACCGGUGUACACAGGACAAUUGUCGUGUCAAGAAACGCGUCGAACGAUUAGCGGAGGACCCACGAAUGGUGAUCACGACCUAUGAAGGGAGACAUGCUCAUUCUCCAUCACAAGAUAUGGAAGGCUCAGAGUCUUCAUCUCAAAUGAAUAAUUUCUUCUGGUAGUGGUAGUGGUAGUGGUAGUGGUAGUAGUACUACUCCCCUGGAGUCACUUGAAAAUCCAUAUUCCAUCAUCAUGUCUUAUGUACUAGUUUGUUCCUCUUGUGUGAUAGAUAGCCUGAAAAGAAAAAAGAAGGGUUCCUCUCCCAUGGGCCAUGGCCAAUUUCUAGAUUUGAAAAUAAACAUUUGGCUUGGAAAAUGCUUUUGUUCUCUUCUUCUACCUCCUUUGCUGUUGGCUGGUUAAUAAGAGGGUUCUUGCUUUGCAUUAUUGGCAUUA